UGCCGCUGGCACGUCGGUACGUCGACGUGACGGCCAAUGACGAAAGCGAAUUUUGAGGUAGUGCUCCCCGAAACAUGUUUAUCCUCUGGGGCUAGCAUGCAGAAUUCUACCCGGAAUGGCAACCUUUGAGUACCUCGACGCUGUCAUUUUUAUAUCCCCGGCCGCGGAAGUCGAUCGUUAACAUUCACUGAGGUCACAAAUUCCAUAUUAUAUCCAAAGAAGAUGGCGGAGUUCUCGCCCGUAUUACCGAUGCGGGAUGGAGGAGCAGGGGGACGAUUCGGACAACCUAUCUUCCCUCGGUCCAGGUCCGGUUCCGAGUCAGAGAGCGAACUCUCCCAAAGCCUGGCUCGGACUAAGAUACGUUCUUACGGAAGCACGGCGAGCGUCACGGCCUCUCUGGGGGAGAAAUUCAUAGAGCAUCGUGUUACAGACAGCGAUACUCUGCAGGGAAUAGCUCUCAAAUAUGGUGUAACGAUGGAGCAAAUCAAAAGAGCCAACAAGUUGUUCAGCAACGACUGCAUCUUCCUCAAGAACAGCCUCAACAUCCCCGUGGCAGUGCCCAAGCGCUCCAUUUUUAAUGGACUCUCUCCGGAGUCUCCUGACGGGGACGGCGAAGCGGCAUGUCAGGAUACGGCGACCGCCUGUGUCGUGUCGCAGGAAGUCGAGGGACCUUCGACCCCGCCCACACCGCCGCCCGAAGACUCCAGGACCCCCCUGGCCCAAGUGGAGGAGCUCUCUGCCAAAGACUUCUUACAAAGACUGGACUUGCAAAUAAAACAGUCAAAGCAGGCAGCGCGCAGGCUGAAAGAAGAGGAAGUAAGGAGCAGUGAGGGGAACUACACGGCACCCACCACGUCAUACCAGGAAAUAUGAUGGACCGUUGUGUUUACCGGAACCUUGCUUGUUUGUUUACCUUCCAGCUUGUUACGUUUGCCUUUUAUUUAUUAAGGGUAUGCAAGUGUUACACGUCGUGUAUGAUUGUUUUCUUUGUACAGUUGCGCUUGGAGACAGACAGCAUAAGUGGAACAUCUUGUAUCCAGGUACUAUCAAUCGAUUUAUGCACUGCUGCUGUAUUAGACCGCCCCAGCUACACAUUCGCUCAUCCGUAUUUAACCCCCGGUAAAAAAAAAAAAAAACAACAAAAAAAAAAAUCAGGUAAUAGAAUACAGUGUUUCAACUCAUUCUAUUAGCUCCCUUAAAGCAUUUUCCUCAAGAUCAAAAGGGAAGCCUCUAUUUUUGGAGUGUGUUAUGUGUGUGGAGAUGUUUUUAUGUGCUUCAAUAUUUUAUUUUUUAUUGUUUGGCCAGAAUAAAGAUGUACGCUGAACAAAAAUCUAAUUGCAAUCCUUUCUUUUUGCUCAUGUUGCUCAUGAGCUGAACUCAAACAGCUGAGUUUUCGGGGUUUAAAUUAUUGUUUUUUUUUACAUAUAUAAACAAAAACACACACAUCAAAUAUUUCUCUCAAAUAUUGUUCACAAAUCUGUCUAUAUCUGUGUGAGCACUUCUUCUUUGCCGAUAUAAUCUGUCCACGUCACAGGUAUGGCGAAUCAAGAUGAUAAUUAGCCAGCAUGGUUAUUGCAUAGGGAAGCCUUGAGGUGCCCACAAUAAACUGCACAGUCAAGUUAACUGUCAACCGGAAGCCAAGCGUUUACUGCCACAAUGUAUACAUUUCAAGUGCAUUUUUAAUGGGUAUGUCCUGUAGAGUGUCUGGCCCCUUUUCUGUGAAAUUCAGGUUUGGAAACUACUGUAAUGAUGAACAGAUCCUUGCCGAUGGUGAUGUUAGAAGAAAGUGUGUGUUGCGAUUGUGCACAGUUUAUGGCAUGAAUAAAGAAUGCCGUGGCUGACAG